AUGAAGUUAGACGCCACAGAUUUGAGAUAUGUUACAGCAGAUGAGUUCAGGGUACUUUCAGCGGUCGAGAUAGGAUCCAAGAAUCAUGAGAUCGUACCUUCUUCGCUGAUUGCCGAGCUGUCAGGGAUAAGAGGAGGAAACGUCAACAAAGCUUUAGGUGAACUAGCGAAACGAAGUCUGGUUGGGAGAGUACAGAAUGCCAAGUACGAUGGAUACCGUCUUACAUACGGGGGGCUAGACUAUCUUGCUUUACGAACGUUUUCAAGAAGAAAGCUCCCCAGUAUUCAUUCAGUGGGAACCAGAAUUGGUGUAGGGAAGGAAAGUGACAUCUUGAUUGCAGCGGAUGAGAAUGGUGAAAAGAGGAUAUUGAAAAUGCAUCGAUUGGGCCGAGUCUCGUUCCGUGCUAUCAAAUCCAAAAGAGAUUAUCUAGGAAAAAGACGGAGUGCUUCGUGGAUGUACAUGAGUAGGUUAUCAGCACAAAAGGAGUUUGCGUUCAUGAAGGCGCUUUACGAGCAUGGCUUCCCUGUACCUGUACCUAUAGAUCAAGCAAGACAUUGUGUUGUAAUGUCGCUCAUUGAUGGAUAUCCGUUACGAGCAAUAGAAGAAUGUGAAGAUCCAGCCGACUUAUAUUCGAGACUAAUGGAGAUGAUCGUUCGUCUGGCACAUGCAGGUCUAAUUCACGGCGAUUUCAAUGAAUUCAAUAUCAUGAUCUUGAGGAAAACCGGUGAAGUAGUCGUCAUCGAUUUUCCACAGAUGGUCAGUACCAGACAUGAAAAUGCUGAAUUCUUCUUCAAUCGAGAUGUCAAUUGUAUCAGAAGAUUCUUCCGUCGUAGGUUUAGGUUUGAAUCGCAAAGUUGGCCAACGUGGAAAGAUGUACUGGAAGGUGAAGAGGACGAACUACCGGCUAUCUCUGAAGAUGCCGAAGAAGGUGAAGGAGAGGAAACAAAGGCGGAAGCAGAACCAAUAGCGGAGAGCUCGAAGACCGCUCAGAAGAGAUUAAGGAUAGAUCUAGAAGUAGAAGCUAGUGGCUUUGGAAGGAAUCUGCAACGUGAACUUGAAGAUUAUAUGAUUGAAGUUCAAGAUUUACCCUCCAGUGACGACGAAGAUGAAGAGGACGACGAAGACGAAGAAGAUGGAGACGAGGAAGGAGAUGAAGAAGCAGAAGCCACAACAAACAACGAUGAAACUGCUCCCUUCGAUGAGGCUACUUUCCAAGCUGAAAUGUCAGCUCGACUAGAAGCUAUCCGACUACAUAAAGCAUUAGGAAAUGAUGAUCCUCUCGAUCCAUCUUCAUCGCUUGAUCCGCAAUCAGAUCAUUCUUUGACCUCUCUUACAGACUCUGAUUCCGAAUCAGAUUCAGAUGAUUCAACUGGACCGGCUCAAACUGAUUAUACAUCAUAUAUGCCUUCUCAGAGGAACACCAAACGUGUACAUACUAGAUUACCCGCCAAGAAAAUAGCAGACAAAGACUUACUGCAAGAAACCGUUGCCAGACAAGUCGGUAAAGAAAGGGCAAUGACGGAAAGAAAACAUCAUUCGAGGAAUGCAGGUGCAAAAAUCGGUAAGAGAAAAGGAAGUAAAUGGAAGAAUAGUGAUAAAUACGCUACUGGAAAAGAUAGCGGAUGGUAG